AUGGUGUGGGCAAAGCGGAAGGACGUAGGGAGGGUGGUGAAAGGGGUGUCUCUAAUCGCCAACGAGUUUGUGAAACGAUCCCCGGCUUUCCAAAGCGCCAAGAAUGGGGAUUUGGAAGCCCUAAUCAAGAAUGCCAUCGUGUCGGCCACCGACCUUUCCGGCCUCACCAAAGGCACCCUCUCCCAAUUCACCAACGCCAUUAAUACUACUGCGACUACCAAUGGAAACGACAACAACAAAGCCCAAGAUUCCGUCGUAUACUUCGUACAUGAAGAAGCACCUUCUUCUCCUCCUUCUGCUCCUGCUCCUCCUCCUCCUCCGCAGCAGCGUAGGCAGCAGCAUGAACAAGAAGAACAUCAUCAACAUCAACAAGUGCAGCACGUUGAUCAACAACAAGUGGAGGUCCUUGAUUCGGCCAAGAAUGAGAAUUUGGCCCAACAACAGCCACAACCACAACCUCAGCAGCCAUUGCAGAGGCGGAAGCCCAGAGAGAGACGAGUUCCUUCCACCCCCUUCUCUAGAGCACUCGGGUUUGCUGGUCUUGGAGCUGGGCUUGCGUGGGGAACCAUUCAGGAGUCUACCAAGAGACUCGUUUAUGGUACGCAAAAUUCAUCAGACAAGCCUCUUCUUUCUCCUUUUUUGUCUCCCAAAAAUGCAGAACUUUUGGCUCUUGGACUCUGUAGAAUGCGUGGAGCUGCACUCAAAUUGGGACAGAUGUUGAGUAUACAGGACGAAUCCCUCGUCCCUGCUCCGAUCUUGGCUGCUCUGGAUAUUGUCCGUCAAGGUGCGGACGUCAUGCCCAGGAAACAGCUCAAUCAAGUUUUGGACGGUGAAUUUGGACCUGACUGGUCAUCAAAGCUUAUUAGUUUUGAUUAUGAACCUUUGGCUUCUGCAAGUAUAGGCCAGGUACACCGAGCUGUCACAAAGGACAGUAGGGAUGUUGCAAUGAAAAUUCAGUACCCUGGUGUUGCAGAUAGCAUUGAAAGUGACAUUGACAACGUGAAACUUCUUCUAGAUUAUACAAAUCUAAUCCCAAAGGGACUUUAUCUUGAAAGAGCGAUGAAGGUGGCAAAAGAAGAAUUAUCCCGUGAAUGCGACUAUCUGUUGGAGGCAGAAAAUCAAAAACGGUUUCAUGAUUUGCUAUCCAAUGCACAAGGGUUUUAUGUUCCAUUUGUAGUGGAUGAUAUCUCAAGCAAAAGAGUCUUAACGACAGAGCUUGUUUCUGGAGUACCUAUAGACAAAGUGGCAUUAUUAAACCAGGAAACUCGCAACUAUGUUGGCACAAAGUUGCUAGAGCUCACUUUGAAGGAGUUGUUUGUUUUCCGUUUCAUGCAGACUGAUCCUAAUUGGAGUAAUUUCUUGUACGACGAGGCUAAGAAAACAAUCAAUCUGAUUGACUUUGGAGCGGCUAGGGAUUACCCCAAGAGUUUUGUUGAUGACUAUCUAAGAAUGGUUCUUGCCUGUGCAAAUGAUGAUAGAGGUACAGUCAUUGAAAUGUCUAAGAGACUUGGAUUCCUCUCGGGAACGGAGUCAGAAAUAAUGUUAGAGGCUCAUGUCCAAGCCGGUUUUGUUGUGGGAUUGCCAUUUUCAAAGCCUGGUGGGUAUGACUUCCGCUCAUCCAAUAUCACUCAAAGCAUUUCAAACCUUGGGGCAACCAUGCUAAGGCACAGGGUCACUCCACCACCUGACGAGGCCUACAGCCUUCAUCGCAAGCUUUCAGGUGCCUUUUUGGCUUGCAUGAAGCUUGGGGCAGUUGUACCGUGUAGGGAACUCUUACUCGAAGUAUAUGAGCAUUAUCAGUUUGGCGAAGAAGGUGGCGAGACGUUGUCAAGUGGGUUGGGUGUUUAA